CUCGAUCCCUAAUGAUUUUUUUAAUCCGGGGAAGGUUGAUCCGUCGCUGUCAGGUAGGCGGGGAGACUCUUAUGGCUUUUUCCGGUGACGAGUGCUGAUCGAGGCUGUAUUUCCUACACAUUCUAUCCUUGGCUAGUCGAUUGAAGCUUACGGCGAUUUCAGAAAGCUAACAGCUGCCUGCCUUUCUCUUCGACUGCGGCAGCCAUCGACCACUCCGCCGAAAUGCCUUGCCUCAAGCUCCCGUUCGGCGGAGGAAAUCUCGUGGUUAUUUAGUAGCUUAAGCAAAAGAGCGGUUUACUGCUACAAUUGUCGGGGUUUGUUUUUCUUUAUACCUUCUAUUUUCUGAGACACUUGAUUGAAGUCUAGGGAUUGAUCUCUCACCAAACAAAGUGUUGGGAUUAAGUCGAUGGAAUUACAUUGGAGAGUUGCCUUGGCUUGUCUUUGUGGGAUUCUCUUGUUCAAGCUCACCGCUUGUGACAGUCCUUUGACACAAUCGGACAGUCUAAAGUGGAUGUGCAUUUGUAAUGCUAGUCCUCUUGAAAAUGCUCCUUCACUUAAUUCCUCAUGCGGUUGCAUUUAUGGAGUUACAGAUAGAAUGACAUGGAAUUGCUCUUGUGCAACACUAGGCCCUCAAAUCUCUGGGAACAUUCUUCACAACACUAGUUUCUCUUCCUGCAAUUGCACCUUAGAGCAUGCAGGAACACCUGCAGUCUCAAAGAAACACCUCCCUAAGAAAGUUCUUGUGGUCAUCGUGCUUUUCUGUGUUGUACUUGCAACUGUUACGCUGCUCGCUUUGUCUUCAUACUGUUUCUAUUGCAAGGAUAGACUUCCCAUUCAACAAUCACAAAUUUCAUCAUCAAAGGAUACGAGUUAUAACAGUACAACAAACUUGAUAAGUCAUCAAACUUCUCAAACCAAAACCUGCUUAUUCCUCAAACCUGUAUCAGAAAUCAUACAAAAGCUACCUUUCAUGUUUGUAAGUGGAAAGGGAACAUUAUCCAGCGCAGUUAUCCAAUUUUCCUAUGUUGAACUGGAGCAAGCAAGUAACGGAUUCUCAAAGGAUAAUCUCAUAGGGAUUGGGGGGAGCAGCAAUGUCUAUCGUGGCGAUUUAAAAGAUGGAAGAACGGUUGCUAUUAAAAAAUUAAGACCAGUAGGAGGGUCAGAAAUUGAUCCUGAGUUUUUGCAUGAGAUUGAACUGAUAUCGAGGUACAACCAUUGUCAUGUUGUACUUUUGCUUGGAUACUGCAUAGAGAACCAAGGAAGGCAAUUAGAGAGGCUCUUGGUAUUUGAGUAUAUGUCCAAAGGGAACUUGAGAGAUUGUUUAGAUUCAAAGCAAUGGAAAGAAACAAUGGACUGGGAAACACGUGUGCAAAUUGCACUAGGUGCUGCAAAGGGUCUGGAAUAUCUUCAUGAAGCAGCUGCUCCCAGGAUUCUGCAUAGAGACAUUAAAUCCACCAACAUUCUUUUGGAUGAGAAUUAUAAGGCUAAGAUAACUGAUCUCGGCAUGGCUAAACAACUAGUCACGGACGAUCUUAGUAGUUGUGCCAAUUCUCCAGCACGAAUGUUGGGGACAUUUGGGUAUUUUGCACCGGAAUAUGCAAUCGUUGGAAAAGCAUCACAGAUGUCAGAUGUAUUUAGCUUUGGAGUGGUUAUUCUUGAGCUGAUCACUGGUUGCAGACCCAUUUUUAAAUCAACAAAUAAAGGAGAAGAUAGCCUUGUGAUAUGGGCAGCAAGUCGUCUCCGUGACAGCAAACUAAUUGUUUCUGAAUUACUGGACCCGGCCCUACGAGGAAAGUUCCCUGAAGAAGAGAUACAAAUAAUGGCUCAUUUAGCAAGAGAAUGCCUGCAAUGGGAUCCAGAUUCAAGACCAACAAUGAGUGAAGUUGUUCAGAUCCUUUUAACUAUUGCUCCUGGAAAGUCUAGAAAGAGAAAUAUGCCAACAAGUCUUCAGUGGAGUUCAUACGCCCCCAGCUCCUGGGAAUCCAAUCCAAUUCAAAUUCCAGAAGUUAGAAUUGAACGACACGAAUCCAGUGGAGUCAGCUCUGCUAGAUGGUGGCAUCCUCCCUGUUCCAUGUCGAAACCAGUCGAACUAAACUUGUGCGAUGAGCACGGAAUCCUUCAUACAGAUGAACCGAUGUCGUCAAGAUCAAACUCGCGGAGUUGGUGGUCCUUGGACGAUGAGAAUGUGGACCUGACCAAGCCUCGUCUUGAAUCCUUCGUACAGGCAAGCAUGGCAUCCUCCCUGUUCCAUAUCAAUACCAAUUGAAUAGUAAUUGUGUGGCAAACACCAAAUGAAGUUUUAGAUAUGAUACCGAUGGGAUCAAACUCGCAGAGGUUGUAUAAUAGCUUACUAUUUUAAGGGCCUAAUUGUAAAUUUUAAAAAUUUUAUGUUCUAAAUUGUAAAAUACCAAUUAAAAUC